GGGAAAGGCUGCGUCAGUCGCGCUCCCGACCAAUAAUACGCGUCUCGUAAUUCCGAUACCUCGAACCUACGUGUGACAGUAAUUCUGCUACUAAGUGUAACCCAGUGUGAAAGUGACGUAAAUUAUUAUUAUUGGUGAUUAUUUAGUUUUGGAAUAAAAAAUUGUGAAGUGAUUUUUUUUUCGUUGACAUAAUAGUGUUGUUGUGUUAUUUUGUUUCAAAUUUGAAUUGGGAAUCGUUUCGCUGUUCACUUGGUUCGGGACCAUAUCUCCGUGAACACUAUUUGAGUAAAUUUCAAGUAGUGUAACAAAAACACAUUCACUUCUGGUAACCGAGUGAUCAAAGUGAGAAUAUAAAUGUGUUAACGACUUAGUAACGUAGAAUGUCCUGCGAGGAGAGGUUAGCGUGACACAAUGGUGAUACGGUGCUUGUUGAUCGUGCUCCUGUGUGCGAUCUCGCACAUAACAUGUGGACACCGGCACGGCCAUGACAUCUCCACCGAGGACCCGGAGAUCAUAGAACAGAGCUACGAUAAUUCCACGCAUCAUGGAAAGGAUCGAGGUGGCUGGUCACAGUGGAGUGAAUGGUCACUAUGCUCACGUACAUGUGAUGGAGGCGUGUCCAGGCAGCUUCGAACUUGUUCAUCACCAGCCGGCUGCAGGGGCGAGCCAGUGCGGUACAAGAUCUGUAAUAUGCAGCCAUGCCGCGGCAAUGUAUCCCUACUAGAAGAGGACAUAUGGCGAGAGCAGCAAUGCAGCGCUCACGAUGACACCCCCUAUGGUGGAGAGCUGUUCCACUGGCGAGCUCACCGUGAUGAUGCUGAACCCUGCGCGCUCACCUGCAGGGGCACGCCACAGCACUCGGGGCAGAGCCCUGAACCUACGGUGUCCCUGGAUGAUGAAGACCGCGUGGUGGUAGCUGUUCUGGCAGCAAGGGUGUCUGACGGCACGAGAUGCAGACCUGGCAGUUUGGACAUGUGCAUUGAUGGCAGAUGUCAGCGCGUAGGCUGUGACCUCCGAGUGGGGUCUACACGUCGAGUCGACGAGUGCGGUGUGUGUGGCGGUGACGGGUCCUCCUGCUCCAGACCCCGGUACCACUGGCUCGCCACUCCAGGGUCACUGUGCUCUGCUACCUGUGGUGGAGGCUACAAGAUGUCGCUAGCAGUAUGCCGUGACCGCCUCACAGGGUCUGAUGCUCCAGAACAGCUGUGCGAUGCCUCCAGCAAGCCCCAGGCGUCAGUCGUCAGGUGUAACACACAUCCAUGUCCGUUCAAAUGGUACGUGGGCGAGUGGUCGUCGUGCAGCGUGUCGUGCGGCGGCGGCGUGCGCUCUCGGCGCGUGCUCUGCGCGCGGUCCGCCAACGUCACCAAGACUGACACCUAUGAACCUGGUACAAAUUCGGAGCCAGGUUGCGUGUCCCCAGCGCCGCGCGCCACACAGCCGUGCAACCAACACGACUGUCCUAUCUGGGUGGCGGGACCUUGGUCUGGGUGCUCAGUGUCAUGCGGCGAAGGAGUUCAAGUUCGAGGAGUGGAAUGCACGCCCUCUGGCGGCGGGUGCGACCCAGCCACAAGACCUGAAAUAUCACGACCAUGUUCCACGGGCAUCAGCUGCCCAGCUUACAGGGAAUCUGACGAACCCGAGGAUGAAAUCGAGGACCUGCUCCCAGGAGUAGUCUACCAUACUCAGCCGUUGAUACAGCCGUACCCAAUGCCACAAGCAAAGGCCGAGCGUCUUAUAGGAGACCCUGAUGUACCGGUAGAAGCAACUUACAUCAAAGACGAUGACUGGGGUCCAUGCAGUGUGACCUGUGGCGAAGGAUGGAGGAAGAAGGAGGUCCAUUGCAAGAUAUUCCUGGAGUUUAGUAGAACUAUAGCCAAGUUGCCUGAUAGCAAGUGCUUGGGACCUAAACCUGCUGAAGAUACGGAGAGAUGCGUUAUGGAACCAUGCUCCAUGGCUUAUGGAACCUCGUUUGGAGAUUCCAGUGUGCCGUCUUAUGGCGGCACUGGGGGCGAUAGCAGGCUACUGACCUUCGGGACUUCAAGUAACAUCAGGGUGGCACCAGGAUCUCCAGGGAAGUCAUACUCUUGGAAAGAAAAGGGUUAUACGAGCUGCAGCGCAUCUUGUCUUAGUGGAGUACAGGAACUAAUCAUUCAAUGUGUAAGAGAUGAAGACGGCAAGAAUGCGUCCCCAUACAUGUGCGACCCACUGACGAAACCAGAGAACAGAGUAAGGACUUGUAACGACCAUCCAUGUCCACCCAGGUGGAACUACACGGAAUUCUCACAAUGCACGAAGUCGUGUGGCAUCGGUAUUCAGACGAGAGAGGUCACUUGUAUACAUGAGGUGACCCGCGGUGGUACAAACACCGUAGUGGUCCCGAACAGCAUGUGUCCCCAGCCGCCGCCGCCGGACCGCCAGUACUGCAACGUGCUGGACUGCCCCGUCCGGUGGCACACCGGCGAGUGGUCCAAAUGCUCCAAGACUUGCGGCGGAGGGUUAAAGCAGAGAGAUGUGGAGUGUAAACAAAUAAUGGCCCAGUCCCACGUGGUGGAACGUCCAGCGUCACUCUGCAGCUCCCCGCGCCCAGCUGCCACCAAGUCCUGCAACUCCAGACCCUGUCUCCUGGACACUGCAUCCCCAGAGAUAUCGCUCGCCAAUUCCUCUUACAUACAACACGAUCCUAAGAAAAAGAAGGUAACAGUAAAGGUGGGUGGAUCGGCGACAAUAUUCUACGGGACACAAGUCAAGAUCAAAUGUCCAGUCAAAGGGUACAAUAGGACCAAGAUACAGUGGGCCAAGGACCAUCAGAUCAUUAGCAAGUCGAAGAAAUAUAAGAUUUCUAGAAAGGGUGCUCUUCGAAUCAACUCUCUUUCGCUCCGUGACCAUGGAGUAUACACCUGCGUAGCUGGCAGGUCCAGUGCCAACCUGACACUGCUGGUGAAGCCAAGACCUGGAGAGUUUCCAUCCAGCGAGGAGAUCGAGAGGCACAAGGCGUUGGAUGAACCAUCCUCUCCAUUAUCUGAUAGCAGGGCGGACGGGCGCUACCGAGCCAUGAUCGGAGGCACCUCGGAUGACCAGUCACAUGAACAACGGCCGGGGGACUCCAGGAAGAAUUAUAAGAAUAGGCAGAAAGGAAAAAUAGACAAAGUCCGCGACGCUCUGUACGGGAACACAGCUACAACAAGUACGAAAGCAUCGCCCAGCUUUAAUUCUCAAGAACGAGAGCGAGAUAUGUAUGACGACCAUGAGAAGAGUGCCGUCUCCUCGCAGAUGCUUCCCCCCAAACGGAGCAGUGCAUCUAGGGUACUUCCCUGCCUGCAUUACAUUGUUAUGCAACUCCAGAUGUUUUGGAAUUUCCAGGGCCUUGGAAACUCCAGGGGUCAAAGGACAGUAGACUCCAUCAUCAUGUAUCAGAACUAUGGAGUGCCAACGAAGUCCCAUUUCUUCAACUUGGAAGACAAGCAGAUGGUUUUUCCGGAAGACGAUGAUUCUGACAUCAUUAUUGUCAAUGAAGAUUAUAACAGAAAUGUUCUAAGAGAUGUUCCUGUUGAGAAUCUUAAGGAUUCUUCUGAAGAGACUACUACGGAACAUAGGUUGGAAGCUCCAGACGCCCACGAGUACGUCUGGAUGACUACCGACUGGUCUCCGUGCAGUGCCCUCUGCAGCCAGACUGGUCAUCAGAUCAGAGGAGCUGUUUGCCAGCACAAAAAAGACAACAGCACCACGACAGUGGAGACAGAAGAAUGUCUGUCCCGAGGUGGAACCCCACCGACAGUGGUUAGAGAAUGUGUCGGGGAGACGUGUGCGGAGUGGAGGACUGCGCCCUGGUCCGCGCCCAAGUGUCUUAGCAGUGGAGCUGCCAUAAUUCGGCGACGCGUGGAAUGCGUGGCGGUGAACGGCACUACACUGCAGGAGAGCGCGUGUGACUCCGUCAGUAGACCGGAGAAGAUAAAGAGGGAUACCAGCCUGUGUAAGGCCACCUGGUCUGUUGGGCCUUGGAGUAAGUGUGUAGGCGCGUGUUCCUCCGCCGGCAGCCAGCACCGCGCGCUCCGCUGCGUGUGGCGCGCCGCGGGCGCCCGCCGCCGGGGGAGGGAGAGGAGCGCGGGCGCCGCCUGCGGGGGACUACCCCGCCCGGGGGUCACUAGGCCUUGCCAUGUACAUGCCUGUGUUAAUAAAGAUGGCAUAUGUCGGGACAGCUCCCGUUUCUGCGAAAACGUCCGAGCGAUGAACAUGUGUGCCCUCAAGCGGUACAAGGAGCAAUGCUGCAAAACAUGCUCCGAUUGAACCAAUGAUUGCAGUUUAGAACACAAUCAUUUGAAUAUUUGAAUUUAACGGUCUUCGAUUCUGAAUGGCGGUUGCGAUUUCAAAUUUCAAUGGCGGGUUAGUUGAAAAAUUGCGAUGUGAGUUUGUUUUUUUAUUUUGCACACAAAAUCGAGUCUUUUGAAUCAAUCUGUACAAUUUUCUAUUUAUAACUACUCGAUGCCGAACAAAGGGGGAUCAUGUUUUUAUUCAGAUGAAGAUCCUUGUUUUAGUUGCAAGUUGGUGCCCCUGACAAUUGUUAAAGUCUUGUUUUAGAUUUUACAACAAGUUAUCUAGAUUUAUCUAAUUAACUUCAACCCUGUUAUUCAUUUGGUUUAGAAAUAAACAUAAAAAUAAUUUUUUAACUUUUCAAUAAUUCCAUUGAAAUAACUCUAAUCUACAGUGGAGCUCUCUAUCGAUAAUCAAAGCUCCAACUGUCAUUAUCUAACAAUAUAUAGGUACCGUAAAAUGGGGUGAAUAGGGACAGAAGAGGGGUGAAUAGA